AAUUAUAGAGUCUUUAUAUUAUUAAUAUAGUAAAAUCAUAGAGAUUAGCUUAGUUGUAAUAUAAACUAAUAAAGCUACAUUGAGUGUGCUAUGAGUGGGAAUGCUAGAGACUUUUUUUUCAAUAACCGGCCAUUAUAAAAUAAUUUAGAUUACUUAAAAAAAACUGAUUCUAACUCUGAAGUUAAUUGGGAAGGAGAAAGUGAGUUUAGAGGCAAUUCUGCAAUACAUAUGCAAAACUCUUUACACUCAAAAAUGUCAACAUUCAAACAGACUACAGUAAAAGAUGAUGAAGCAGUUUAUAAAACUUAAAUAAUGAAAGAAAAUAAUUAAAGUUAGAGCAAUUAGUUAAGAAAAGUUAAAUCUUCUACAGAUAAUUAAAUUUAGAAUGAUAAUAAUAGCCAAGAAGACUAAAAGAAAUCAAAUCACGAUGAAAAAGCGUAGGAUAAUAAAUUUCAGUAGUCUCCUUUUGCAGACAAAAGCUAAUAAUGUGACGGUUCUACAAACUAAGCAACCAACCACAAUGAGAUUGAUAAUCCCCAAGAAAUUAGAGAAGAAUUCAUUGCUUACCAAAAUCAAGCUAUUCAAAACAACUAAAUUAAUUUAAUAAUUCAUUAAGAUUUAGAAUAAAAUGUAAAUAGUAAGCAUAUCGCAAACUAGUAAAUAGAUUUAAAGGGAGAUUAUUCUCCUGCAUGUAGCUAAACUAGUCGCAUUGCUAAAUCUCCUGACUCCUAAUAAUCUCCAGUUGAUAUAAAAAAUGAUUUUGAAAACUACAGAUCUCCUAGUGAGAAAAAUAACUAGGAAAACCUACCUCCUGACACUUAGAAAUAGAAAAAAAAAAGUGUCGAGAGACCAAAAAUAUUUAAGUUUAAAACUGAUUUAGAAUGUGUAUAUGAAGUUGAAUGCUGGAAAGAUUAUAAUAGAGAAAAUUCAAGAGAUAAUAAAAAACUUGGAUGCUCAUGUUCAAUUUUCUGA